AUACACUCAGUACCUUUGCCGCAUCAACAUCUCUAUCAAAAUGGCCCCCAAGAAGGACGAGAAGCCCGCGACCGCCGAGGCCGGCGCCGAGGCACCUGCCAAGGCUGAGGCCAAGCCCAAGGCUGAGAAGGCCGCCAAGAAGGCCAAGAAGGAGCCCUCCAAGAAGACUGCCAAGGAACCCAAGGGCGACGGCGAGAAGAAGGACAAGAAGAAGAAGAAGAGCGCCGUGGAGACCUACAAGCUGUACAUCUACAAGGUGCUCAAGCAGGUGCACCCCGACACCGGCAUCAGCAGCAAGGCCAUGUCCAUCAUGAACAGCUUCAUCAACGACAUCUUUGAGAAGGUGGCCACCGAGGCCUCCAAGCUGAGCCGCUACAACAAGAAGCCCACCGUGACCUCCCGCGAGAUCCAGACCGCCGUGCGCCUGGUGCUGCCCGGCGAGCUGGCCAAGCAUGCGGUGUCGGAGGGCACCAAGGCCGUGACCAAGUUCACCUCGGGCUAAAUGCGCUCCGGGGCUGGACCUUCUCUUCAACCCUCUCAACAAAACUCGGUGUUUCUUAACACCACCAUCAAACACAUGGGAUUGGGCUGGCGCAGGGGAAGGACGGCUGGGUAAGGUCGCAGGUAGGCGGGGUUCGCUGACUGCGAUGGCUGGGGCACGGUGUGUGCACAUCGCUUGCAGCUGGAGCGUUCAGUGCCGUUAUUUAUAGCAGCGCUACACAAUCGAUUGUUGUACCCACCUGCACGUAGCCAAAUGGACGCGACGGUGCCGGCGGGGGGAUUCGGUGCAUGGAGAUGGGCGCUCAUAAGCCCAGG